UUCCUGAAAGUACUUCCUGAUUUUGUUUUUCAAGUUUAAAAUAAUAAUAAUGUAAACAAUAAUGUAGUUAAAUAUGUAGGAGAUAUACGUUGGUAUUAUUGAAACGAACAUAAAGAGAGCGUGUUGGCUACAUACAUUUCUAAACUAAAAAUAACUACGGAGUGUCACGUGACACGACAUUGGACCGUAGUUCAAGAUGGAGUCUGCGCCUUAUUUUGUAGCUUUCCACCUACAGUAAUCAUAAUAUGGCAAAUUAUAUUAGUGAUUUUUAAAGUUCUGAGUUUGAGAAGGUCAUUUUUUCUUUGCUUCUCGUCCAUCUGUUUGGGAUUUGAAUAUAGGUCUUUGAUGAAAAGAGAGGUUAUUUGCUAAAAAUCUUGUCAACUGAAACAUCUAGCUAGGUAGCGAUCGGUUAAGUGGUUGGAAUGUUCAUAAACGUUCUAUUAAUUCGGAGAUCGAUAUGACGCUGAGAGAGUUAAAGGUUUGCCUUCUUGGGGACACUGGGGUUGGAAAGUCAAGCAUUGUUUGGAGGUUUGUGGAGGACAACUUUGACCCCAACAUUAAUCCAACUAUUGGGGCAUCCUUCAUGACAAAGACGGUGCAGUAUCAAAAUGAGCUUCACAAAUUUCUCAUCUGGGACACUGCUGGGCAAGAGAGAUUCCGUGCGUUGGCGCCAAUGUACUACAGAGGCUCUGCGGCAGCCAUCAUUGUUUAUGACAUCACUAAAGAGGACUCGUUCCAGACGUUAAAGAACUGGGUGAAGGAGCUUCGUCAGCACGGCCCGCCCAACAUCGUGGUAGCCAUCGCUGGCAACAAGUGUGACCUAUCCGAUGCCAGGGAGGUCUCAGAGAAGGAUGCCAAGGACUACGCUGACUCCAUCCACGCCAUCUUUGUGGAGACCAGCGCCAAGAACGCCAUUAACAUCAAUGAGGUCUUUAUAGAGAUAAGUCAACGGAUCCCUGUCCUAGAUGCAGGGGGAGGGGCUGCAGGGAAUGGCUUCAAACUGCGCCGGCGGCCCUCAGAGACCCGGACCCGGACCUGCUGCUGAUGCUGCCAGUGAUUCCUGACCGUAGUCCCCACAUUGACCCUUGACCCCUGACCCUUCUCUGCUUGCAGCCUCCAUAAUCCCCCCCUAACCACAGACCUGCGUCACAGAGACCUGGGAGCUGUAAAUUCCACUCCUCCAUCAGGAAACCCUGAUUACUACCGCCAUUGAAUCCUGCAUCAAAUGCUACACUGUAAAGAGAGAGCAGCCGAGCAAAUUACAGUUCACUAGGAUAUAUGACCAUAUCUCAUCGUUCUAUGCGGCUAACUUUGGCUUAGUUAUUGUGAAGCUGUAGUCUUGUGUUUUUAAUGCCUAUCUGGAGCCCAAAAGGUUCAAAUUAAGUCCACAGCCUUUAAAGGCACUGUAUUUGUCUUGCAGCAUUUACAGUGAUGUGACCUCUGCAGAAGUCAGGGCAUUUAUUAUUCUUGCUCUUAACCAAGCAGCACAGAGCUGUUGUGAAGGAAGUUGUCAAGGCAGUGAGUUUUGUGUUUAUGCAGGACCUCCCACCCUCUCCUACCAUCAACCAAUCAUGUCACUGCAGAGUUAUACGGAGCACUCUGUUUUGUUACAAAAUUUGAGAUGCGCACAGCGAUGUGGUGUGGAGCUGAAUUGUGUCACGCCAUCCAUACGGUGCAUCCGACUACAUUUUUGGAUUAAGCAUAAAUUGGAUCUCAGUAUUUAGCCUUUAGGUUUGCCAAGUAGGUCUAUGGCAGCUAUUCUUUAGGAUUGCCAAGUAGGUCUAUAGCAGCUAUUCUUUAGGUUCGCCAAGUAAGUCUAUGGCAGCUAUCCUUUAGGUUCGCCAAGUAGGUCUAUGGCAGCUAUCCUUUAGGAUUGCCAAGUAGGUCUAUGGCAGCUAUCCUUUAGGAUCGCCAAGUAGAUCUAUGGCAGCUAUCCUUUAGGUUUGCCAAGUAGGUCUAUUGCAGCUAUCCUUUAGGAUCGCCAAGUAGAUCUAUGGCAGCUAUUCUUUAGGAUCGCCAAGUAGAUAUAUGGCAGCUAUCCUUUAGGAUCGCCAAGUAGGUCUAUGGCAGCUAUCCUUUAGGUUCGCCAAGUAGGUCUAUGGCAGCUAUCCUUUAGGUUCGCCAAGUAGGUCUAUGGCAGCUAUCCUUUAGGAUCGCCAAGUAGGUCUAUGGCAGUCUCACCCCCCUCCUUGCUGUGUUCACUUCAUCCUCCCGUUUUCCAGAUCUGUGGCUCGUCCAAGCCUAUGGCACCAGAUUCCUAUGUGGCUCUGGUCAAAAGUAGUGCACCUUAUACACCGAGUGUACAAAACAUUAAGAACACCUUCCUAAUAUUGAGUUGUCAGCCUCGUUUCGUUGGGGCAUGGACUCUACAAGGUGUCGAAAGCGUU